AAGAACAAACAUCAGAAGGAGGCGUUGUCCUCCACCCAAAUUUAUGCAAACUAUCAACAACCUAAUUGAAUGUACUGUAAUAUCGUCGUGCAAAAGGAAUUGUUGCAUACUGCUACGCAUUGAAGUCGAGAGAGAAACAUAGGUGGCAAUACGCCAACGUCCACGUGAUGGAGACAGAUGGGGACCAAAACCAGGGCUCUACCAAUGGAACCACUCCAUCAGGGGUGAACUCCCGCCCCUCUCAAAUGAACUCCAUGUCCCAGUACGAGAGACAGGCUGUGCAGGCCCUUCAGGCGCUGCAGAGGCAGCCCAAUGCAGCGCAGUACUUCCAGCAGCUGAUGCUGCAGCAACAGAUCAACAGUGCCCAGCUACUACAACAGGCCACCCUUGCUGCCAGUCGCCAGUCCAGCCCUCCCACCAACAGCACCUCUCAGACCACCAGCACAACAGUCACAUCUGUGAAUGUAACCACUUCUGGGGGAGGGGCCAUAACCAGCACCCGCACUAUAGGCCCAGGCUCUUCCGCGACAUCCACCAUAAGCCAAUCAGUGCUGCUGGGUGGAAGUGCAGCAGGACAGGGACAGAUGUAUCUGAGAGUGAACCGGUCUCUGAGGGCUCCCCUCUCCUCACAGCUCAUCUUUAUGCCUGGUAGCACGGCAACCACUGCCAUGGCAACAGUCACCCAGCAGCCACAGACUCAGCAGCAGCAACAACAGGAAGUUACACCUACUUCCUCCAGGAACCAAUCAGACAAUGACCAGGUGCAGAACCUGGCUUUGCGAUGUGUCUCCAGUCCCAAGGGGGUCGGGGUCAAGACUGAAACCCCAGAGAGAGGUGAAACAGCGACCUACUCCCUUAUCCAGUCAUCUCACCAGCAGUUCAACCAGUCCACUCCGCAGUCUCCCACUAAACCAACCCAACAGCAACAGUCCCACAUCAAGAUCCCCACCUACAUCCAGAGCUCCAACGCCAACCUGUCCUCUCUCAACCUCAAGACGGGCAACCACCACUCCAACACCCCCUCCUCACCCUCCACCUCUGUCCCACUCUCACAGCUCCUCCUUUCCGGACCCAACUUUGGCCGGGGCGGGGCUAUCACCACGGUAAACUCCGCUUCCACGGCAACGCACAUUCUGGUGCCCACCUCCAGUGCACCCACCCAGUCCCACAGUUACCAAGUUGGUGCUGCCACCAUCAAGCCCAAUGUUAGUACUCAAACGCUGGUGGUUCAGCCUCUGCAGAAAAGCACUAUUAAUGACAAAGGAGGCCAUGGGAACGGUCCCAUUCCAAUCCAGCCGAAAACUCAACAGGGUCUCCGUAUGCCCCUGCAACUGCCCUCCCGCAACCCGCCUCCCAUCCUCCCCGCUCCCCCUGCCAACAAGCAGACUAGUGCCGCCCAGCCUCCGCCGCACAUCCCAGUCCAGAUAGUAGGGGCCAGGCCGAGCUCCAUAGGAAACCCCCAGGCUUUGGCCUUGGUCCAGGCCCGGAACGCCUGUUCCCAGGACGGCGCUACCCUUCUAAAUAGCUCCAGCAGCGCCAGCCUCCUCACCAUGGUGUCCUCCAUCGCAUCCAGAGAGGGAGGGGGUAUAGGCCGAGGGGCAGGUCUAAAGAGCCUUCAAUCAGCCCAGGAAGCCCUCUCAUUGGCCCACAUUUCACACGUGCAAGCGCAAGCCAAUCAGAGCCCUGGGCUGGAUCAAAAUCAAAAUUGCACCUUGGCCACCAGCAUCUCCUCUCAGUCCCAGGCCGCCAUCUCUCCUCCCACCCUCUCCCGUUCCUCCAUCACUCUACCCCUGCCGUUGGUUGAGGCAAGCAAUGCAUCCACUGUAGUGGCUGCCAAUGGAGAGUCUGUGUGUCCUCAGCCUCCCCAGGGUAAGGCGAUGAAGAGGAAAUCCGAGUCAGACGCAGCCAAUGAGGAAGAUGGUCCCCCUCCUCCCCACCUUGUUCCAAUAAGUGAACACUCCCCUGUUCUCUCCUCCUCCGCCAUGGAAGCAGGCCCUUGUCCACCUUCUCCCUCCCCCUCUCCCUCUCCUUCCCCUGCCCUCUCGGUGCCCCGUAUGGGGGGUGGCCAGGGGGAGAGAGCCCCCCCUCCACAGGCUGUGGUCAAACCCCACGUCCUCACCCACCUCAUAGAGGGCUUCGUCAUCCAGGAGGGAGCUGAACCCUUCCCUGUGAGUGGGCCAGUGAAAGAGCCAGCUGGAGAAGAUUUGGCCAUGGACAAUCCAGAUGCCAGUCAGCCUGAGACUGUGAAUACAGCUACAGUCCUGAAGUGUGAGUACUGCAAAAGCUUUGCCCCAGCCAGACAGUUUAGAGGGACCAAGCGCUUCUGCUCCUUGACCUGUUCCAAGAGGUAUAACGUGAGCUGCAGCCAGCACUUCCGCCUGCGACAGGGGGUUCACCUCUCCCACUCUGACGAGGACGGAGUCCUGAGGAGGAGGGUUCCCCACAGGACCAGCUCCGAGAUCGCCAGUGCCAAAAUAGCCGGGAGACCCUUACCAGUCAAGUGCCGCUCCGAGUCCAGCCGUUCGGACGACGUCUCCAGCUGUGAGGAGGAAGAGGACGACCCCAUGUCCCUCUCCCCGGCCUCCUCCUCUUCCUGCCACCAGCCUCCCCCCACACUCCGAUUGGAGGGCUCGGCGGCACCCCACUUCCUGCCCGGCAGCCCCGCCCAGUGGAGUGUGGAGGAAGUGUCUCAGUUCAUAUCAUCUCUGCAAGGCUGUGAGGAGCUGGCUGCCCAUUUCCUGUCCCAGGAGAUUGACGGACAGGCCCUGCUGCUACUCAGAGAGGAGCAUCUCAUGUCCACCAUGAACAUCAAGCUCGGUCCCGCCCUCAAGAUCUGUGCCCACAUCAACAACCUGAGAGACUGAGAGGAAGGAUGAAAGGAGGAAAGGAGGGAUGGAGAAAGAGAAGAAGAGGUGACAAUAUGGCCGUUUAAAGACUUUUUUAACCGUGUUAAGUGGGGUCCCUGUUGAUUGUAUUAUACACUAUAUAUACAAAAGUAUGUGGACACCCCUUCAAUUGAAUGGAUUUGGCUAUUUCAGCCACACCCGUU